AUGCGCACAACACCACUAUUGGUGAUGCUGUUCUCUCUUGCCGCAGCUGCUCAGCAUUACCAUGGCAUUCGUGCGCUGACCAAAAGAGGUGUCAUGAAAGCCUGCUCCAACCUUGUUAUCAAGAGCAACAAUGGUGACAGAAAAGUGGCUAUCGUGGUAAACAGCUCGAGUUCGAUGCGCAAAUCGGACCCCGACAACUUGCGUCUUUCGGCUGCCCGUGCUCUGAAUGACUUCCUCAUAUCCAGCAGUGAAGCUGAAGGUGACAAAAAGGCUGACCAAGUUGUUGUUGUUGGCUUUGAAUCCAACCCAUACAACGUCUUUGGGCCUGGAGAUUCUGGCGAUCCUGCAGCCAAUGCCGCAAUCAACAGGAUUAACUCGACUUGGGGGACUACCAUCGCUAGCGGAGUUUUGAUGGCUACGGAGUAUAUUGAAACCAUGGCUGGUAUCACGAAAGACAGAAGCGCAAUCGUUGUAUUCACAGACGGGUUUGACUCUGAUGAAGAGAACCUUGUUGCAACCAUCAACAAAGCAAAAAGUCUUGGAAUCCGCGUCUCCUUUGGCUAUCUCGACCCUCGCCGCAAUGUAUACACCCAGCCCGAAGAAGUUCUCUAUGCCGUACGGAAUUCCAAGGGAGUAUACGCUAUGAUCGCCCUUGCCGCGGGAUCACAAAACUUCAUCAACUAUGUCUUGCUCAACGGCCUGACUUAUCUAGACAAUCCCCAAGGAGCUGGCGAUCACCUACUGUCUGGUCUUGCUACUACGCACUUCCUCAGUGGAUCUGGCACUGUGAAGCUUCAGUAUGGCGCAGAGAAAGGAGAACAUGUGAACUUCACCGUCGUCAGCUUCACCCGGGAGAAGCUGGCUGUCGAAGCCAGGAUGGAUGGGAAGACUCUCUACAAGUCAGAGCGUGCUACCAUCGCGAAUCAGGAACUUGCAGUUAUUGCGCAGGAUGAAGGUGUCCUGGAGCUCCAUGUGUCGUCGCCUGAUGCUCCAAGUGAUGGACUAUUUUCUGUGCUCACCAACUCGAACCUGCCCAUCAAGAACUGCACUGUUGCUCCCGAAUCGGAAGUGAAGGAAGGAGGAUUAAGUCUUGGUGCAAAGGCAGGUAUCGGAGCCGGAGCUGCCCUCGCGGCACUUGGUCUACUUGGAGGAGGCGGUUACCCCGCUUACAAAGCUUUCAUUGGGGCAGGUGAAAUGAUGUAUACUGCGAAAGACGCCUUCGUUCCGUCUGCAAAAGACGGAGGGUUCCAUCAUCCUGGGUCUGAUCAGCCAUGGGGACAUAACAGCGGAGUGAAGCAUGGAGGACUUCCAAGCCACGGGAUGCAUCCGGAGGGUCAGGGGCCCAACAGUUCCCUACCCGUGGAACCACACCGGCAUCAUUCCGUCCCCUUAGACAACCACCUACCCACUGAUGUCCGCGAAGGACAAAUUCACAACAACCAGCUCGACCUUCGCGACGGCCAUUUCGGUUGCGACAGCCAGAUCGACCCCCGCAACGGACAAAUUGGCAGCGAGAAUAACAUCAACCCACGUGACGGUUCUUAUCGUGCCAAUGCCAAUGGCCAUUCCGAUAAGGCAUCAGCCUGA